AUGUCUUCCACCUCCGAUGACGGUAGCAAUGCGACUCCUCCUCCCACGGCCGAUCUUGCCCCACCUACUCCCACUCUUGCAAAGCCGGAUUUUCAUCCUGCUCUUGUUGUUUCCAACAUUCGGAAUCAUAUUCCUCUUGUCCUUGAUAUGGAGACUGAUCGCUAUGGCACGUGGGCCGAACUUUUUCGCAUUCAUGCCCGUUCUCAUCGGGUUCUACAUCAUAUUGUUCCAUCCACAGCCAAACCACCGCCAGCUGUCACUGACCCCACCUAUGAUCAGUGGGCUACUUUGGAUGCCAUCCGUUUGGCUGAUAUCUUCCACGACAAUCAGAAUGCGCGUGCCGUUGCUUUGGAGCAGGAAUUCUCCGGUGUUCGUAUGGAGACUUUUCCAAAUGUCUCUGCUUAUUGUCAGCGUCUGAAGACGCUUUCUGACCAGCUCCGAGAUGUGGGUGCUCCUGUGAACAAUCACCGUCUCGUCUUGCAGCUUAUUUCUGGUCUUACUGAUGCCUACAAGGGCGUUGCUACAUUGAUCCGCCAGAGCAAUCCGCUCCCCACUUUUCAUCAAGCUCGCUCCAUGCUUACCCUAGAGGAGGCAGGUUUGGCUAAGAUGAAGCCCGUUGAGCCUCCUACUGCCUAUGUUGCUACUCAGUCGCGUGCCUCUGAUGUCUCCUCCCAGAGCUCUGAUCGUCGGUCCUCCAACCGUUCUCGUUCCCACAAUUCUAAGGGUCGUGGUGGGAAUCGUGGCAACAGUGGUGGAUCCCGCAGUGGCACCUCUCAAGGCUCCUCUCCUCCGAUGCCACCUCAGCCACAGUACUUCCCGUACCAACAUUGGGGAUGGGCCCCGCCUCCAUGGACUGUCCUCCGUGCCCAUACCCAACCUCUCAGUGGACUCGUCCCCCUGCGCCUCCCCGACAACCAGGAAUUCUAG